AUGGGCACAUCAUCACGUCAGUCCAGGAAACGCCGUGGAGAUGAUGACGACUCUGACGACGCACGUCGAACCAGAGAUAGGUAUCGUUCGGAUUCUCGGUCAAGAUCGCGAUCACCAUCACCAAGACAGAAGAGGUCUCGUCGACGUGAAAGGGAAAAGCAGUCAUCUCCAUCACCAAAGGAAGAUUACGCAGAGUCGCUUUCUAUUGAAGAAACGAACAAGCUUCGCGCAAAGCUAGGUUUGGCCCCACUCGAGAUCGACAGUGCUCCCAAGACGAAAGAGGCUGAAGAUGGUACGACUGUUCAUGUUGAAGAUGGCUUCGAAUUUCGACAUAAGAAACCCGAAAAUUGGGGUGACAAGAAGAAAGAAUCAGAACUGAAAGAGAAGUUGGAGAUCGCGAAGAAGAAGCGCCAAAUCUAUGAGCGGGUGUUAACCACGAAAAGCAUAGUUGAUUCCGAUGACGAUGAAGAUGCUGCUGACUGGGUAGCAAAGAUGAGAAAGCAAGAAGAAGAGAAAAGGCUAGCUGAAGAACGGGCGAAAACUCUUGAUGCCAUGGACGAGGAGUUUGGGAUAAAUAGUAUAAUUGCGGAUGAAAAAGCAAAACAGGCUAAGAAAAAGGCUAGAAGGGAAAAACCAAUGAGUUCGGAUACUGGAGGGUUAGUUGUUGGCCAUUCUAAGGAAGCUUUUCUUGACUCUUCCAACAAAAUCCUCGUUUUAGAGGAUAAAGACGUACUUGACGUGGGAGACGAAGUUCUUAUUAAUCCGAACUUGGUUGAUAAUGAGAAGUAUGCGAGAAACGUGGAACUGAAAAAGCGUAGGGAAUUACAGAAAGGAUUCGAUGAUGUGGACGAAUUUGGUGUGCAAAAAAGCUAUGGUGUUCUGAACAAGUACGACGAAGAGCUCGAAGGUGUACGGAGAGAGAAAUUCCGACUUGACGAUAAAGGAGGAUACGAUCUUGAGAAGGACGAGAGAGAUGAAAGAAUGCGCCGUGAAUUAGAAUUGGCUGGUAAGACACUUGUCAACUUGGAGAUGCAGAAAUAUCAAGUAGGAAGCGAAUUCUACACGAAGGAGGAAAUGACUGCAUUUCGUAAAGUUAAGAAAGGUACAAAGGAGAAGUCUACACGAAAAAGGAAAAUUCUGAAAGCAGAAGAUUUGGUGCCGGACAAACCAUCUAGCGGACGUGAUCUAGGCUCUAGGAGAACAGAUAGAAGAGGUGAGAUCAAAAUGGAGGACGAGCAAGAAAGUGACGUUCGUUUGACAGAAGACGACACUGAGAGUGUAGAUAAAAAUGACAUCGGCGAAGAGGCAAGUGAACCGUCAGGGCCAUGGAAGCGUGCUACAAAGAAUGCGGUUAACAUUGAUUUAUUGAAAUCUCUUAUAAAUCAGAGCAACGAUAGUGGUGUUGAAGAUAGUGAUGGUGAGUCGUGCUAUUUAUCGAAAGAUAUCGGUAAUGUCGUAAUUGAUGAUGAUGCGGAAGAUGAGUUGUUUAAUGUCCUUCACAAAACUCGUCGUCUUAGGCAGGUCGUCGUUAAGAGGGAGGAUGAUGAUAUUGCACAAAAGGUCCAUGAAAUGGUUUCAUCACAUCAAGUCAAGAUGGAAGUUGACGACUUUAGCGAUGCGUACCAGUCCGUUACGAAGGAUGGGGCCGUGACCUUAGAUUCCACAAUGGAAUACUGCAGGAAUAUAGGUGAAAUUCCAACAUACGGAUUGGCUGGUAAUCGAACAGAUGCCAUUGAUGUUUCUGACAUGAAAGGUGAAGUCGAUGAAGGAGAUGAAAACGCAAUUAGGAAAUGGAAACAGUCACAAGUAGAAAGGGAGCAACGACGUAAGGAACGUCAAAGAACUAAAGAUAGUAAGGGUAAAUGGCUUGAUAAGCCUAGUAGUAGCGGUGUUCUGGAUAGCGACGAUGAGAGAGAACUACAAGAAGCCAAAAGAAAUGCAGAUUACUCGGACGAUGAUGACGAUGACAGCUUGUGCGCUGCUAACAGUAAGAAAGAGUAUGAAAAUGUGCUUGGAAAGGAAGCGGAUGUCAGCAAAGGAGUUGGUGCAAUGCUGAAACUUGCAGCACAAAAGGGUUAUCUGAAUGACAAUGAAGUGAAAAAGAAAACUGGGCAGAAUCUGGAUCAUCUUCGGAAUCAAUCAAAGACCCAGGUGGAACAAGGGAAAUACGAUAUCGAGGACAAGUACGCGAAAAAAUUGGACCGCUUAGGCACUACUGGGCGUGGUCCCAUCAUGCCAUUCACAGAAAAGAAGGACUAUCAUCCAGAGGUGAAUAUCCAAUACGUUGAUGAGAAAGGCCGUAUUAUGGAUCAGAAGGAUGCCUACCGUGAACUGUCCUAUAAAUUUCAUGGUCGUAAUCCUGGAAAGAAACAAACAGAGAAGCGGAUUUCUAGACGGGACAAGAAAGAGAUGUUGAAACAGAUGAACAGUUCCGACACUCCUCUCGGUACGCUGUCUAAACAGUUAAGAAAACAGGAACAAUUACAAACACCGUAUCUCGUUCUCAGUGGAUCUGGACGAAGUGAUCAGGCAUCUAAAGAGACUGGGCAGACGUUAACAUCGAAUGUCCAUGGGAAAGUCGAGAACUGGAUUGUACUUGAAUUGAACGAACGAGUUUACGGUUUGUUAGAUGUGCUCUAUGCUUCUCAUAAGCAACAAGGAUUAUUCGUUUCUUCAUCAUGUGAUGGCGUACAGCUAGAAAUGGAUCGUGUGCAAUAA